UGGCCAACGACGGGGCCUCUGCGCUGUGGACCAGGACUAGACGGGGCUUGGCCAUCCAUCCACCCUGGGAAGGCAGGAAAUGAACCGGUGGCCCUUCUCUCCUUCUCUCUCUGUCUCUCUCUCUAUGUCUCUCUCUCUCUCUCUCUCUCUCUCUCUCUCUGUGUGUGUGUGUGGCUGGUCUGCCUUUGAUUCACUCUUUAUCGCCUUCCUCGCCAUCCCCGUUCCUAGCGUCUCCCUCUCUCGCUUGCUUGAAUCGUCACGAGCACUCGACACACAAUGCCUCGACCACGAAAGAAAGAAAAAUCCGUGCCGAAACGUCACAAACCGGACCGGUCCAGCCAUCAUCCGGCCGGUCUUUCAUGACGGCAAGCGCCCUAAUGGCUCCAAAACGCACUCGACUAGCGGGGACAUGGCACUAACAUAGGCGGGCAUGGGUAGUAGGUACACGACCGAUAUGCGUACGAAUACUCGCUGCGGUCUUAGCUAAUCAUCAUCCACCCAUCCAGCCAUCCCGCGUGGCCAAGUCUUGCCCCAAUCUCGCUUUUGGUCGACAGCGCCAUUUGUCACUGGGGUCAGUCGUACAGGGCGAGCACCAGCCA